AUGAAGAUUAGUCAUUCCAAAACGUUAGUGUUAAGUGCAUUAACACUUAGUAUCUUAAGUGCAAGUAGUACACAAGCAGCAGGUGUUCAGCCUUUUUUUCAAUCGAAAUCAAACGCAAAGACAACACCAGUAGCGGUUGAAGCCCCUAUAACCCAAACACAAGCAAAACAAGAAAAAGCGCCUACACAGCCUUUCUUUUCUAGCAAUGCGGAUAAAAAACCUGUUUUAGCUGAUGCAGGUUCAAGUAAUAGCAUUAUUGAUGUGGCGGCAGUUCGUACAAGUGAUAAUGCCACUGAAAUACAUGUGACUACCAAUGGCCUGGUGCGUCAACCCAAGGCUAGAAAAGAAGAUAACCAACUGAUCCUGACAUUCGACAAUUUAAGCUCAAAUGUAUCGGAAAAGCAUGUGUUGGUAAAAACGAAUGAAGUUGAGUCAAUUCAACUUAAUACUGACACCGAGUCACCUACGUUGAAGAUCAAUUUGGCUAAAUAUGGUCAAUUUACAACGCGAAUCGUUGGUAAUACAUUUAUUCUUAAAAUCUAUCCAAGUGUUGUAACUACGGCUAUUACUGUUGCUCCAACAACUGCGCUGACAGGUAUUAAUUUCACACGUAGUAAAGGUGGUGAAGAAAAGGCCAUUAUUAGUGUAAGCAAUUUGAAAACGCCUGCAGAUGUGAAACAAGUCAAAGAUAAGAUCUUGGUGACAUUUAAAGGCUCUCAGUUCCCAAGCAAUCUGGUGCGCAAUCGUUUCUUCAACGAUACAAAAGCGGUGUAUUCAUCAGCAAAAACUUACAAUCAGAAUGGCAAUGGUAUCCUUGAACUCAGUGUAAAUGGUUCAUACGACUAUGUUGUUUAUCAACUUGAUAAUCAGGUUGUCAUUAAUGUAGGUCGCAAAGUAGCGAAGGCGGCAGGAAAUACAGAUAAAGCCAAUCAGUAUUCAGGCAAAAAACUGUCGAUGGACUUCCAAAAUGCAGAUAUCCGCCGAAUUAUCCAAGUCAUGGCUGAGCACACGGGUCAAAAUAUUGUUGCAUCGGAUUCUGUGGAGGGAACUAUCUCUUUACGUUUAAAUGAUGUUCCUUGGGAGCAGGCCUUAAAUAUUAUUAGCAAAUCUAAAGGCCUGGCACAACGUCGAGACGGUAAUGUGAUUUUAGUGGCACCGCUUGCUGAAAUUACAAGAAAUGAGGCAUUGGAAGCGACUGCUUAUUCUCAAUCAAUGACGUUAUCGCCUUUAGUCACUAAAGUUGUACAGUUGAACUAUGCUAAUGCUAAAAAUGUAGCGGACAUGUUGCGUCCGACACGUUCUGGUAUGGAUGGUGGUGCAUUGAACCAAAUCCGUAUGGCAAAUGCCGAUGAAAGUACAACAUCAUUAUUAAGUAGUCGUGGUAGCGUUUCUAUUGAUGAGCGUACUAACACUAUUGCGAUCACAGAUACUAACGAAAAGAUCAAUGUCAUUAAGUCUCUGGUUGAGCAAAUUGAUGUUCCUGUGCGCCAAGUGAUGAUUGAGGCUCGUAUCGUUCGUGCUUCAACCAACUUUUCGAAAGCAAUUGGUGUGAAGUGGGGCUUGCUCAAAAAUAGUGGCUUGACGAUGGCAAGUGACAUGAACAAUUUGACCACUCAAUAUAAUAACAAGUAUGGCGGUGAAUCUGAGACAAUUGAUAGUAAUGUGAACUUGGAUUUAGGCCAAACUAUGGGCACGUCAGGUAUUGCAUUAGGCCUAAUUAAUACAUCUAAAACGCUUCUUGGCUUGGAGUUGUCUGCUUUACAAAGUGAUGGUCUUGGUGAAGUACUUUCAAAACCGAAAAUUCUCACUGGCGAUAAACAAGAAGCACGCAUCAGUUCUGGUGUAAAACUGCCAUAUCAAAGUACUAGUAAUGACAAUGGUACAACUACAGUCUUCCAAGAGGCCUUACUUGAGCUUCUAGUUACUCCAAGUAUUACUCCUGAUGGUACAGUACAAAUGAAACUCGAAGUAUCGAAGGAUACUCAAGGUUCGUUGACAGAUAUGGGUUAUGCAAUUGACACCAAUAAACUUAAAACUAAUGUCUUAGUUAAUGAUGGCGAGACUGUGGUGUUAGGUGGUUUAUUUGAAGAGACACGAAACAAUGAUGCAUCAAAAGUGCCGUUGUUAGGUGAUAUCCCGGUACUAGGCCAUUUAUUCCAGAGCAAAAGCCGCAUUAUCAAACGCGAAGAACUCUUAAUCUUUGUUACACCAACAAUCAUCAAUGAUCCGACAGCUAAAAACACCUUGGCUAACUUGGGUGAUUCAAAGCUGAUCUCAUCAAUCAAAGCGAAUUAA